AUGUCGUAUUUCCCUGUUCUUCCUGGUGCAGUGGAUGAUGCUGCCACACCAGCGCCAAGUCCGAAGAUGCAUGGCUUGCAUGGGCAUGAUGCAGGUGACAUCGAGGCACCCCGUGCUCCGGUUCGAAACGUGGUUUUGACCGUCGAACAGAAGGAGAAGUUGCAGCAAUGGCAGCGGAUGGCCGAGCAUGGCUUCCAGAUUCAUCGUCGAGCCGAGCGCUAUUAUGAGCAUGUGAAUUUCUGGACGCUUUCACUGCCAUCAGUGGUCCUAUCUGCCGUGGCGACAGUUUGGACGCUGGCGACGGAGAACAGCCAGUUCGAAAACAGCCGGGUCUAUAUCGCAUCCAUCUCAGGUCUCGGCACAAUUGUCACUUCCAUCGGGACAUACUGGAGAUGGCAAGCACGCAUGGAGAAGAAUCGGUUUGCCUCCGAGCGAUACAACAGUCUGACCAACAGGCUGACGUUGCUGAAAGCCCGCCUGCAGAUGGGUGACAUCGAAUUCGCCCAUGUCUUGCAGGAAGUGGAAAGCACCAUCCAUGAGAUCCUGAAAACUUGUGGACCGCCAGACCUCUGGGUUCAGCAGCGUUUCGAGUGGGAGGAGAAGACGAGCCAGUACGAACUGCUGGACCGCCUGACGAACCUCCGCGAUGUAAGCCCUUGGGUUCGAUGCUGCUUUCCGUGCUGCUGGCAGACUGUGACGAGACUACGUGGCAACGGCGAGGUGGAGCCAUCGAGUAUUCUGGACCAAAAGAUUCGGGAAUUCAGCAAAAAAACUCAAGAUGUCAGCGUGGACGAAUUCAAAGACUACUUCUGGCAGCUGUUUCGAAUGGCAUCCAACACAAACAAUCUGGAGAUGUGCAAAAAUCUGCUACGAGCUGUCCCGAACGCUCUGAAGGAUGAGAAGGAUGUGCAUUUCCAGUCGCUGGAGCCAUCUGGGAAAUCGCCUCUGCAUUUUUCGGUCGCGGAUCAUUUUCAUCAACUGGGCCAAUGGCUUUUCGAGACCUACCCACGCGAGAUGAAAAGUCACUGCCUGAUGCAAGACCACCAUGGCCGGAUACCGCUAGACUACAUGGAGCCGCGCAAGGCUCUCCAGCCUCACCAGGAAGGCUCAGCCUUUUAUCCAGUGCUUCUCUUCGAGACUUUCCAGGAAUGGUGCACAGAGAUGGGGCCGUACACCGAUGAUCGGCACAGCUUUGAAGACAAGGAGCGAAUGAAGCGCAUCGGUGCCGAUUUGUUGAAGCGCAUUCUGGAGUGGGGCAUGAGGCAUGUGGAUGUGGCUUGCACCAAACGCCACACGGUGCUCCACCUGCUUGCUGUGCAUGGUGUGGAGGAGCAAGAAGUGUUGGGCCUGCAACGUGGAUCUCCUGCAGGGUCCGACACGGCUCACGAAACAGGUACCCUGCUUGAAAUACUCCUUCGGCAGACGGAGUUCGAUGCCGACAUCAGGGAUGCCACAGCAGAGAGCAAGGCACCCAUGGAGCUGGCCACCGAGCAGCGACAUGCCAAGGCCACUAAGCUCUUCUUUGAAGCCAUGCUGUCCGAGAUGCACGAGAUCAAAGACGACCAUCAAAAGCAGGACCGUUUCAAGGGCUUGAAAACCAUCCUGGAAGACUCGCUGAUUCAGCUUCAUGCUCGACGCGAUGGCCAUCCAGUGGAGCGAAGCAAAGACGUUAAGCAAACUUGCUGCUCGUGUGCGCAGCCCGAAAGAUUACUGGGGCGCUUGAAAGUCCAGGAUGACUUGCGAAAUUUCGUCGAGAUGAAGUUGCAGGUCCUGGGAUACGAAGCCACUCUGCUCCACUACGCAUGCGGCGCUGACCCCUUGAUUGACGCCGCAAGGCUUCAACAUGACUCUGGGGCUAGUUUGGCCCGGCGGCUGCUGGAGCAGCGUGCAGCGAACUCGCAAGAUUCUCUGCGAAAAACACCUUUGAACUGGGCCGUGACAAAGCACCUUCCUAGCAUUGCUUGGGACAUCUGUGAGUUUGGCAUCGAGAACGAUGUCGCAGAUGUUCUCGAUGACAUUGAGCAUCACUUGGCCAGCCUCCCCGAGGAAUAUGCACUCUUUCGCGUGAGCAUGGACUCUGCAAAGGCGGUUCCAGCAGGUUUCGGAUCCCUAGUGCUCUGGAUCGAAUUCGAGACAGGGGCUCGGACGUACCUCGAUGGCUGUGUGUCACCAUCUCCUGACCCGGCCAAAACUGUCUUGGAGUUUAGACCUUCGAACAUGGUGGCCCCAUUCCAGUUUCAGCUGGAUUCGGACGGUGUGCAGCUGGACAAAGUGCCUGGACGUCUGAGCUUCACCUUGGAAGGUUUGCUUCUGGGUCAGAAGGACCAUGAAACGGGCUUCGUCAUCGAAGAGCAGUGGGUAACUCUCUUUCCGAACUUGCCUCUGAAGGAGUGGUGCCAGACUACAAAGACCAAACAGCGCCUGGAGUUCAUGAACUAUCAUUCGAAGCGUGAUGGUUUUACAAUAUGGCACCUUGCGUGCAAACACAGGAAUCUUCGUUUGUCCAAGAUUCUCAGAGCUCACAAUGCGAACUACGGCUUCUGUGUCGAUUGCAAGAAGACACCGCUGGACUGUGCUGCUGCCACAGACUGCGAAGUCAUCAUGGAGGAUCGCUGUGCCGUCGUCUUAGGGCUGUCGCUGGCGCCGAAGCUUGAGGAUGCCGAUUCCGAGCUGGAAGACGGUUUGCUCACCGGGGCAAAAGCGGCAGGAGUUGUCGACUCGAAAAAGCAAGAGCUCGCCAAACUUCUCCUCUUCCACGAUUACGUCUGUAAGGCAUCAAGGCACCAGAUGUCACCCAAGAAAAUCGCUCGCAAGUACUUCUUGUACUUCAGCAUUGAGCCGGCAGUCUUGGUUGCCAUGCGAGACGUGGACGGGAAGGUGCUGCUGCAUUACGCAGCAUAUUUCGGCUUGUUUAAAGACGUCGAGUGGCUCUUGGAGAAGGGAGCACAGGUGGAUGUUUAUGACCAGAUGUCCAUCCAAGACUUCCGCUUCACGAUCAUGGACCCUCCGAAGCAGGAGCUCUGGUCGCAGCUUCAGAAGGCCUACGCCCUGACCGAGAUCCCCUUCCCGGAGUUCUGCUGCCAGAAGGCCGAGCGCGAGCCUUUCAAUGCCGUCCUGGCCUCGCCCACGGAAGAUGUCUACUGGCUCAGACAGGAAGACAUCCCGGAGUUUGCCACGCUACGGGUCUGCUUCCAGCGACCCGAGCGCUUUGACGGCUUCCGCUGGCCAGCUAAGGGGGAGGAUGGGAUUCGUCACGACGAGGGCGAGCCAGGAGCUGUGGAUGUAAAGCUGUCCAAGUGGAUGAUGGAAGCCAGGGCCUGUGAAAGGUUGCACUACAGAGUGGAGUGGCUGACUGUGAAUUUUGGGCACCAGGAUGUUUCGGUGGACGUGGACGACUUCCAGAACGGCAAGUACAUCUCCAUGCAUGUGCACAGGACACCUUUGGAUCAUGCUCUCCUGGGCGCCAUGGACAAUGCCGAGACGAUGUACAACGUGCGAGACACCGCAGAUGAGAAUACAAGUGGUAUUUCUGAAGUCCGGCUGCCACCCCAUGCGCGCAUCUGCAAGAUCCUGAUCGAACAGGCUCUCCUGUGUGAGAAGCAGGAAGGCAGAACACUGCUGGCAGAAACCUUCGCAAGCUUCUGCCGGCCGUGCCACGUCGCAAGGGGAUUGUCGAAAUACAUCGUGGACAUUCUGGUCCAGGAGCCAGGGGCCUCUGCCGAGAAGACCACUUUGCUGCAUGUCGCAGCCAAGCACGGCCUGCGAGAUGUGUGCAACCAGCUGUUGAAGUAUCGCUGCACCUUCAAGGAAGUUUCCAUGCAAACGCCGCUGGAUGUCGCAAGUGACGAAGGCACCUAUCACCUUCUGAUUCUUCCCGCUUUCGUCUCGAUCUGUCAGAAGAUCCACACGCGUGCCUUGCCGAACGAGGACGAGGAGGCCAUUGCAGCCAGAGUGGAGCAGGUAGACCAGGAGGCGACUGCGUGGCUGACCAACAUGGAAUCACGAGCCCUUUCAUUGCAGAAGAUCGUUCGUAUCUCCAAUCCGCAGCAGGGCAAGUACACAAUGGUGGACUAUGCUGCUAUGUACGGGAUGAAGCGUGUCCUGGCCCAUGUCAUCGAUGGACUGUCAGACAUCGAGGAUGAGACCAAAAUCACUUGCCCGGCUGAGAUUAUCGGGAUCGAGUCCAGGGAAAUGCCCAGAUAUGGUGAGAGAAAUCAAGUCAUCUACGACCUGCGGAGCUUGUUCACGGCAGCAGACGAUCGUUGGACUUCCCUCAAUUUGAAGCAAAAGUUGAAGGACAUGAAGGAGGCUUUCAAAGGAAAGACCAAAGAGGAGCUGGUGGAAGCUUUGAAGAGGGAGCUCCACGAGCACAUCCACUAUGUCGCUUCCCUGGACACCGAAGAGGCUAUUGAGUUUUUCGAUGCGGCACUGGAAGCGAAAGCAGAGUGGCGCAAAAAGAAGGAUGCCACCACAGGCGACACGGCACUCCACAUGGCUGCCCGCUCGGACAAUAUCGACAUCGUCAAACUGCUGUGCGAGAAAUACAAGGUGAACAAGGAAGACAAGAAUAUGAACCAGGAGCGGCCCAUACACAGUGCCGCCAGGAAUCACAGCUACAAGACGAUGAAGUACCUUUUGGAGGGAGGUGUGCAGCCAUUGCCACCAAAUUUCAAGAAGGAGCACCCCAUGCACUUGCUGGCCAAGACUCUUUCGCUCAGGUCGCCUGGCCAGAGAGCACCCGAUCCAGAGAAGUUCCAGGAAGUGAUGAGCCUCCUCAUGGCCAAGGUGGCAGAGUCGAACAGCUGGAUGAAUUUGACAAAGAGAGACGCAGAUGGCAAGUCCGCCCUGGAAUAUUUGGUCAGCUCGUGUGGCCACACGUAUGCCGCCCCGGUGGUGGAGAAGCUAGUGCAUGUGCUCCCAGCGGCGGUCCUUGAGAGCAGCUGCUUCUUCGCGGCUCUGGACAACCCAACGGGGCCUUCUCGAUUCCUCAAGGCUUUGCUGAAGAACACUGCAGACAGGAAGAUCCUGACGAAGCUGCUAGACCAAGACGAGGACCAGAAUGGGCUCAACGUGGUGCAGAUCUGUGCCCUGAAGGGCGAUGUGGAUUCCUUGAGGGAGAUUCUGAAUGCCCUGGCAGCCCCAGAUCUCCUGCGUCAAGCGCUGAUCCCAGAAGAAAUCGACGAGACGAAGCUGAACCGCAGCAUGUGCGAUCAGACUCCGCCACUCAUCCUGGCACUUCGUCAUGGGAAAGAAGAUGUGGCAAAACGUCUUGCCUCCAGAAUGUUGGGCUUGGACGAGAACCAUCGAGCCCGUGUGAAAUGGGAAGAUGAAUGUCGCAAUAGCCAGCUUAAGCAAGAUCUGAUCAGUAUCUUCAACCAGGCCGGGCAAACCUUCUUCCAGUUGAUCCGGUCUGGAGAGGUGGGAGCUGUUCGCAACCUGCUCGUUGCUCAGCCCGCGCUAGUGGAAAGUGCUGAUGCUGCUGGCAACACUGCCCUUCACGUCGCGGUGCAGAAGUCCUACAAACACCAGAAGGAGAUAGUUCAGCUUCUUCUGAGUCACGGUGCAGUGCUAAGCGAGGGUGGACAGAACCAAGAGACACCGCUGCACCUUCUGUGCCGACGAUCUGCCGCACAGAUGUACCAAAGUGGCAUGGAUUGGCCACUGGAAAGGAAAUGGGAGGAAUGCAAAGGUUGGUCGCCUUCGAAGGACAUGUUGCAAGACUCGGAAGAUGGUGCCAAAGAUGAGCUUUUCACCCUGACCAAGAUUACCGAGCUCAUCUUGAGAGAGGUGGUCUCUCGCUGUGGGGAGGACAACGCCCGGGCCGUGACGGAUGUCCUCUCCAUCCAAGCUACGGGAGGAAACAAGACACCGUUUGAUCUGGUGUCAAACUGUUUGGAUGCAGCGGCAUUUCUCUCUGACCACCCUCUGCGCAAGUACUUGAAGCAGGCAUGGCUGAAGCCUUUGCUGCCUUUGACAGAAACCAUCUCGCUGCCCGGCACGCGGAAGUUGUCGCUUCUGGGCUUGGCAGUCCUCCUGCGUGCCAACGAGGCCACGAUCCGGUUGCAACAUGAUGAUCCAUUGGAGGGUCCAGCAGAUGAGACACCUCUUACAUAUGCACUGAUGCUGCAGCAAUUUGAUUUGGUCCGCAAGAUGCUGGCCAGGAUCGAGGAGCAGAGGCUCCAUGAUCGAUUGGAGGAGGUCAUGAUGCAGCCGCAUACAGAAGGACUUCUUUUCACACCGCAGGCCAACAGCGAGCAGAUCCCGUCGCAAAUCUUCGAGGUCCUGCCCUCUCAAAAUGUGGUUCGGCUGCUGACGCGAAGUCCUGGCAUUCUGACCAGGUGCCUGCAGACUGGAAACGACACCCUUCUGGAGAACAUGCGCAGCAAGAUAUGCGCCGAAGCAAAGCGCAACCCACACUGGCCCGAGUGGCGCUUCGGCAGCGAGGAGUGGGGUGUUCUGCACAUUCUGGCAGCAAUGGGCAUGCCGGACAUGAUUCGCGAGCUCCUCCUUGAGCUGCCGCCAGAUUCACAGCAAGCCUACGUCAAUGCCAAGGAUAAGAACAGGAACACUCCGCUCCACCAUGUCCUUUAUUUUGUGGGCUGCAUUGUUGUCAGCGGGAGCAGUGAGCCGGCGUUCCAUGGCUGCUACUUCCCCAAGAACGUCGACGGCCGCUUGAGCUACUGCAUGGAAGGCAGGGAUGGUACCUGCGACCACUUCAUUCGUCUCGCCAGCGACAACGAAGAACUACAGUGGCGCUUCGAAGACAACUCCGACAACUGGUUUUGGCCUUUCAUCACCAAAGGAAAACAGAGCCCUGAUGAGGUACCAACAGACAAGUGCUGGAAAGAAUGCGAAUCCUCAGGGGAUCUGCCCGCUCUAAUCUACAAGGAUGUGGAAGACAGAAUGCACGUCAAUGUCGUGCGAGAGCUGCUGCAGUUCAAAGCAGACAUUCUGCAGCAAAACACCCGGAAAAGGACACCGCUGCACGUCUGCCUUCACCGCCGAGUCUCCAGGGCAUCCCGUGACAAGUUGCCGAAGCUGGCCCUGAAUCUGCUUGGCAUCCAUGACGGUCUGAUGCCUUCCAUGCCCCGGUUGCAGACGCUUUUGGCAGAGCUGAGGGAGGCGGAUGGCCUGAACGUCCUGGAACUAUCAGUCGCAAACAUUUGGGGCGAUGACGUUUGGAAGCAUUGGCUUCCGACCUUCUUGGCCAUGCCGGGGCUGCUGGUCUCGCACGAAGCCUUCAGUGGGCCCCUCUCCUCCGUGCAGGAUGACGUUCGAUUGCCUCGGGUGAGGCGGCCCCAAUCUGUUCCGCGACUGGUAGCGCGACUUGCAGACGAUGAGAGCUUGCCGCGCGAUGUGGAAAUCAGCAUGGCCGAGAUGGGGCUCGGAAGCUGUUUGUUGUCCUGCCUGGCGCACCAGCGCAAGACGCUACUGCGCUCCCUUCAGAAGCCUCGCGAGAGCGGCUCGAUCUUCCUGGUUCCCGAGCCUUCUUUGGAAUCUUCGCCUUUGCUCUCCUUGAAGAUGCCAAACGAUGGCCGAUUGGAGGUGGAUUUCAUCGAAGUGUCAGCGAGCGAGGACAACACCCGAGGGAACAGCAUCAACGUGCUUGUCGGCUUGUACGCGCUCGGUGAGCCGACCUUGAAGUUGAACGGCGUGCUUGGCUGCUAUCUGAAGCCUCCCUACCGGAAGCAGCUCAUCACUCCGCACUACUGGGAUUUCGGGAGCUGGGACCAAAGUUCUUGGAUUCGAUCUGUGGGCUUCCCAAGUGGAUCCAGGGAGUCAGGAAAGUACUAUUACGAAGUCUUUCUGAAGGAAGAUCCUGACGAAACACUCUUUGUUGGAGUUGCACUCGAAAGCUACGCUCCACGGCAUGAUGAUGACACAAUUGACCGAAACGAGGGUGUAUGGCUUGUGAAUGGAAGUAAAGUUUGGUUUGCGAAUGCUGAAGAAAAGAAAGACCAGUGGCAGACUCAGUGGCGAGCCGGGCAAGUCCUGUGCAUCUCAGUGGAUAUCGAUGCGAAGUCUAUGCGUAUUGCGAUCGAUGGCAGUGGGGAAGCUCAGGCUUACAGGUUUGACCCCAAAGGCAAGGCAAUCUACCCUAUCGUUGUCGCACAGACAGCUUUCAGGUUCGCAAUUCGCAAGCGCGACCUGAAUUUCGACGAGAUGUUUCCAGACUACGAGCCUUGGCUCCCUGCGGAUCAAAUCCUCAACCCGGACCAGAAGCGGGUUGUGCGCUUCAGCAACGUUCCUGCGGAUGCCGAGAGCAGUGCUGACUUGGAGCUCAAGCUCAGCACCAGCGUGGACUCUGGCACCUUCUUUGCCAGCACAAUGCUUGCGACGGCCUUUCGCCUGGGCUGCUCGUGGGACAUUGUGGAGAUCCUUCAGCAUCAGGGCUGCCGUCCAACUCUCUCAUCCUUGCUGGCAGCAUUUCGCUAUGCAAAUGCAGGGACAAAGGGCCUGCUCUUGCACGGGGACCUCGCGCGGCUGCCGCAGUACCCGAAGCUGCUUCGCCAGACCGGGGCUGGCCGGGAGGACUUGCAGCCCUGGGUCUUCGGCUCCUUCUUGAGAUACUUGCAGAACAAUGAGCUGACCAGCGAAGACAUCUCGAUCGUGUGCCAAAGGUUUGCCGACUGCGGAGCUCCGAUCAAAGCGAUGUACGGGGACUACAUUCACGCCAGAGAUGUCAACGUCCGUGCAAAGGGCAUGGUGCAUCGGCUGGAUGGGUGCUACGUGCGGCAAGACAACUCCGUUGGCUCUGGAGAAAGGCAAGUCUUCAGGAAUCUGUGUCACACGGACCAGUGGAUGAUGUACGACCCCUUCGAAAACCUGUGGAAAGUUGGUCUGACUCAGAAGACAGUAGAGGGCGGCUGGCCUGCGGAGUGGCACGCGGAAACGCCGAACUUGGAAGAUGGGAAGCUGAAGGUGGUUGUUGAUGGUAAAGACGUGGAGGAUCAGAAAGACCUGGAUGCGACUCCUGAGAGGGACCUCUCGAACUCGAACUCCAAAACACAAAGGUUAACGAAAACCUCGCGAAAAUCAGAUGAGUCUGCUGCGCUAAGAUACUUUCAGGGGAAAUAUUUGGUGGACUGCUUCACCGACUUGGCCGACCUGCUUAACAUCUCAGAGCCUCACAGGGACAUGUUCCGGAGCGAGCUGCAGAAGCAAGGAGGAAGUUCUCAAGACCGCGAUGGUGCCGCGCUUACUCUGCACAGCGCGAUCGAGACGGCUGUGAAGGAAGUCGGAGAGGAGACGAGCCAGCAGCUGCUGCAGCUGAGGGACGCCACCGGCAUGCGAGACUUAGCAGAGCUGUCUCUCGGGCUGGUGCGGAUGUGA